UUCCCAUCCCACCCAUUGCCCACACGGUAAAUUUUUAUUUGAUGUAUUGUUCUUUUGUCUUCUUCACUUUUCUUAUUUCACUCUUGCUUUCCUCCUCUACAGUUUAUCAUUUUUUUCCUCCUUAUCUCUCUUCCUUUUCCUUUUAUGUUCUCUUCUGAUCUUUUCUUUCCUCUUCUCUACUCUUCUGUUUUUCUACUUUUCUUUUCUCCUGUUCAUCUGACACAUUAUUCCCUAUUCCCUCCGUCCUCCCUCUGCCCCUCACAGAUAGAUCCAAUAUAGCCAUGCGGAACCAAACCACGGUGGCCGAAUUCAUCCUCAUUGGCUUCCUCUAUCCCUGCCAUCUGGAAUGCCUCAUUGCUGUUGGUUUCCUGGCCUCUUACUUGCUGAUCUUGUCUGCCAAUAUCAUGAUCAUCACCAUCAUCCUCUUAGACCGUCACCUCCACAGCCCCAUGAACUUCUUCCUCUGGAACCUCUCCUGUUUGGAGAUCCUUUUUACAUCUUCUGUCCUACCCAAGGUGAUUGCCAGCUUUCUGACGGGUGACAGGUCAAUCUCCUACCUGGCUUGUAUCACUCAGUGCUACUUCUACUUCCUUCUGGGCUGCAGUGAGUUUGUCCUGCUGGCCGUUAUGUCCUAUGACCGCUAUGUGGCCAUCUGCAACCCACUGUGCUACACCAUGAUCAUGAAUGCUCAGCUCUGCUUCCAGCUCGUGGUGGGGUCAUGGGCUACUGGGUUGCUGGCCACCAUCAUCCCCAUCAUCCUGGUCAUCACUCUGCCCUUCUGCAAUGCCAACCAGAUUGAUCACUUCUUUUGCGACGGCUUGGCCUUGGUCAAGCUGUCCUGUGUGGACACGAGUUUUGUGGAGCUGCUGAUUUUCAUGAUGUCCUCCGCCAUCCUGCUGGGCUCCUUGAUCCUGAUAGUGGUGUCCUACACUUAUAUUGUUGCCACCAUCUUCAGGAUAACAUCCCACUCAGGACGCAACAAGGCUUUCUCCACCUGCUCCUCCCACUUCAUCAUCAUCACCAUGGGCUAUGGCAGCUGCAUCUUCAUGUAUGUCCGGCCUUCGGGCAGUGACAUCUCGCUCAACAAGCUGGUGGCCCUGCUCAACACAGUGGUGACCCCUCUCAUGAGCCCCUUCAUCUUCAGCAUGAGGAACCAGCAGAUGAAAGAUUCCCUGAGGGCAGCCGUGAAGAGAAGCAUGAACUUCUCAAGGAAGCAUAUGAAUGUCUGAAUGGGUUUUGUGAGGGGAAAAGAAGGGGAAGUUAAACAAGAGUAAUAGUUAUAGUAUUC